UCGUUUGACUGUCGCAAAGACUACCGAGCUCAAGAAAAACCUGCAGUGGCGGCUCUGACAGUAGUCUUACGUUUGCGGCUGUGAAGGAAAUCAUCAAUGGCGACUGAACUUGAAGAACUCAUUGGCUUCCUCUCAUCUCCUUCUCCCCCCAUCAAGAAAGCGGCUGUAGAUAUUCUUCGUGACUAUACGGGGUCCGACGAUGGGCUGCAAUCUCUGGGAAGAUACUCCAGCAUUGUGCUUCCGCCUUUGUCACGCCUGCUCGGUGAAAACAAGGUGGUUUCUGAACCUGGAGCACAAGCUCUUGUGAAUUUGUCACAAAAGCCAGAGUUAGCAGGUAAGAUGGUCGAGAUGAGUAUGGUCAAAAUGGUUAUGGAGGUUCUCUAUAAGAAGGAUUGUGAAAUUAUUCAUUUUCUGGUUAUGCUUCUUGUCAAUCUCACACAAUUGGAUGCCGGUGUUGACUCCCUUAUUAAGUCGGGCGAUGACAAGAUACAUGGCCUAUAUGUCAUGAAGCUCGUGAGGUCAUUCUGUUCAUCCUCCAGUGAGAAUAAAGGUGAUCCUUUUGAGCAUGUGGCUUCUGUAUUGGUGAACAUUUCAAAAAGAGAAGAAGGGAGGAAACUUCUGCUGGACCCCAAGCGAGGACUUCUGAAGCAGAUUAUUCGGCAGUUUGAUUCAGGAAGCAUGCUGCGAAAGAAAGGGGUCUCCGGAACUAUUCGUAACUGCUGCUUUGAAGCUGAAAAUCAGCUACAAAAUUUGCUUUUAAUUUCAGAGUUUCUAUGGCCAACUCUCCUAUUGCCAGUUGCUGGAAAUAAGAUCUAUACUGAGCAAGACACAUCUAAAAUGCCACUUGAGCUUGCAAGUGCACUUUCCAUUGAGCGCGAACCUGUGACUGAUCCUGAAAUUCGUGUACAAUCAUUGGAAGCUAUUUAUUUACUCGUCUUACAGGAGGCCGGUCGAAGUGCAUUUUGGUCCGUGAAUGGUCCGAGGAUACUACAAGUAGGGUAUGAAGACGAAGAAGAUCCAAAAGCAAUGGAAGCAUACGAGCGAGUUGGUUCCUUGCUGAUCCAAGAGGGUAGCAUUGGGGAAGAAGCAUCAACGGCCAAAUAACAG